UUCCCUCAUGGAAAGCCUGCGGUGCUUUGCCAUCCUGCUCCUGCUGGUCUUUGGCGUGCUGAUACCCAGCAGCGAGGGCCGUAAAGAUGGUGGUGAUGAGGACGCCGGUCAGAGACGCUCCUCUCGCUCGCCGGACCUGAAGACAGGUCGCUGCUCCUACACCUUCAUCGUGCCCCAGCAGAAACUGAAGGGAGCCUUGUGUGUCAGCAGAGAGAUGGCUCCUGCCACCAACCACACAGAGAUGGCUCUGCUGCGGAGUGAGUUAGCCCGGCAGCAGGAGCAGCUGGAGCUGGUGCGUGGGCAGCUGGAACAGGGGGGCGGUGGGGGCGUGGUGGGGGACGUGCGGGCGCUGCAGAGGGACAGCAGCGCCAUGAACGGCCGCAUCACCCAGCUCUACGCCCAGCUGCUGCACGAGAUCGUCCACAAGAAGGACCAGGCGGCGGAGCAGCGCAGACUGGAGAACAUGCUCCUCAAUGCCACCUCGCAGGUGCUACAGGUUACCAGCAGCUACAGGGAACUGGAGAAGAAGUAUGAGGCUCUAACCACCCUAAUGAGCAACCAGACCCAGCUCAUAAACCUCCUGGAGAAGCAGUGCAAACUCUGUGAUAGACCCUCACAGACAGAAACUGUGAGUUGACACAGCACAGCCAAGUCUCUGUCCAAAGACAGGGCCAAUGAUGUCCAGAGAGACCAGAGUGUCCCACCGCCAGACAAGGCCCUGCUGCCGGGGCUCCACACUAGAGAACCCCUCUCCCCCUCACCCCUGCCCCCCACCGACUCUCCAUUCGUCAGCUUCCCUGUCACAAAGACCCCAGGGCCGUGGCACGACUGCCACCACGUGUUGGCGUCGGGCGAGAACGUGAGCGGCAUCUACCUGCUGCGGCCGCAGGGCACCAACCGCCUUAUGCAGGCCUGGUGCGAGCAGAGCCGGGCGGGGGGCGGCUGGACCGUCAUCCAGAGGAGGGUAGACGGCUCCGUCAACUUCUUCCGGACCUGGGAGCAGUACAAGCAAGGCUUUGGCAACCUGGACGGGGAGUACUGGCUGGGUCUGGAGCACCUGUACUGGCUGACGGCACAGACCCAGUACAAGCUGCGGGUGUCCAUGGAGGACUGGCAGGGCAGGCAGGCCUACGCCGAGUACGACAGCUUCCGCCUGGAGCCCGAGAGCGACUGGUACCGCCUGCGCCUGGGCAACUACAACGGCAACGCCGGGGACUCCCUCUCCUGGCAUAGCAACAAAGCCUUCACCACCCUCGACAGAGACAAGGAUGCCUACUCAGGUAACUGCGCCCACUACCAGAAGGGGGGCUGGUGGUACCACAUGUGUGCCCACUCCAACCUGAACGGCGUGUGGUACAGGGGAGGGCACUACCGCAGUCGCUACCAGGACGGAGUCUACUGGGCCGAGUUCCACGGAGGCUCCUACUCUCUCAAGAAGGUCACCAUGAUGGUCAAACCAGUUUAA